AUGGCUGCGCAGUCGCCGAUUGCCCGAUUCUUUGACGAGGAGCUGAGCACUCCGCCCUCGAUACAAUCCCAGAAGGCGCGAAAGCGGUCUUUGAAGGAACCCGGGGAUCUCUCCGGGGAGGUCCCCGGAGAGACCAAGCUUCCCAAAAAGGUGAAGCAAGAAGAGGCUUUGCCGAACGGUUCGCCCGGCAAAGACGGCGCAGCACCGGAUUCUUCGAAGAGCCUGCAAGGGGAGCCUGGGCCAUGUGGGCCACCAAGCUUCUCCACGCAACAGCAGGCUCAGCAGGCUCAGCAGGCUCAGCAGGCUCAGGAUGGUCCGAAGGACCUCCGUGCAACCUUGCAGCUCGCGGAGAGGUCGACCCCUGGAUCCAUACCCCCUUUCACCGCAGAGUGCUUUCACCACUUCGAGAACGGGGGCCUGCAGUACUCUUGGCCUCCUUGGCUGAGGCCUGAGAACCUCAGGGAUGCUCAAGGCCUGCGCCCUUCAGAGCCCGGCUACAACCAGGGCACGCUUUGGGUACCUAAUCCCGUGAAGGACAAGGCAGAGUAUCAGAAGGCGCAGGGACACAAUACCCCGAUGUUGAUGCAGUACUGGAAGCUCAAGGCAAAGCAUUUUGACAAAGUGGCUUUGUUCAAGGUCGGGAAGUUUUACGAGAUUUUUUAUUACGAUGCCUUCAUCGCGCAGCGAAUCUGCAACUUGAAGUGGAUGGGCCAAGAGAAGAAGCCACAUGUUGGGUUUCCGGAGAUGGCAAAGCACGAGUAUGCGAGGAGGAUUGUCGAAGCUGGUUUCAAAGUAGUGGUUGUUGAACAAGUAGAGCGUGUCGUGGAAACGAACCAGCGGAAAACGGAGAAGCAACAGGGUCCCACCUGCGUGGAGAGGGACGUGUGUGAGGUGUUCACUAAUGGCACCCUGGUGGAUCCAGAGUUGCUUGCUGGGCCUGGCUCUCGAUUCUUGGCUUACCUCUUCUUUGAGACUGGCCAAAACGGUCAAAAGGGUCUUGACUUUGCCGCAUGUCUGGUCGAUUGCGCCACUUCUCAGAUCCAGCUGGGCCAUUUCAGUGAUGCAUCGGAUCGCAACAAGCUGCGGACGCUCCUGGCACAACUGCAGCCCAGCGAGGUUGUGUACGACACCGCCAACCUCCCCAUUGAAGUCUUACAGCUGCUGAAACGACUGCCAUGUAGGCCGCAACUGUCCUCCCAAGGUGUUGGAGACUGUGGGUUAUUGAGCGCACGAAACAAGAUCAACAAUUACCGGACGGCACAUCCCAAGGCCUUCAGCGCAGCUGUGGAGGACGUACUCAUGCAGGACAGUGCCGCAGUUGCAGCUGCUGGAAUCAUGGAGUAUCUGGAAGGGGCACUUUUGGCGGAGCGUCUUCUUCCGUUUGCAGUCUGGGAAGUCCUGGCAACAGCCGCGAAAACUCAGACGAACUCCAAGCGCAUGAUUCUGGACGCCACAGCUCUAUCGGCUCUCGAAGUUGUCGAAACACUAGAGGGUGGAUAUGACGGCUCUCUCUUGGCAUUCCUCGACCACACAAGCACGCCGUUUGGCUUUCGAUUGCUAAAACAGUGGGUGUGUGCUCCGCUUCUUGAUUUGGACGAUAUCCAAUCGCGCCAAGAGGCUGUCGAGUAUUUCCUGCACAACGAUCAGCUUGCCAAGCAACUGAGUGCCUCCUUGAAGAAGAGCAUAGCUGGUGGAAAGAUCUCGAAGCUGCCGGUGGACCUUGAGCGUGCAACCUCCAGGAUCUGGAGCUAUGCUCUGCAGGCAGAAAGAAAGGCAGUCAUGUACGAUGACAUCACUGCCAGGCGUUUGGGACACUUUGCAGAGCUCAUGUCAGCAUACGAGCAGUGCUUCCAACUGCUAAGCACUGCAUUUCCUUCGCAGGGAUCUUUGCCUGGUCGCCUUUCAAUGAUUGCGCGGCCGCAAAAGGCCAAGGGGAUCCUGCCGGAUCUCAUGCCCGUCAUCUCCAAGCUGCGAGGAAGCAUUGUUGAAACCACCGCUGCAAACGGCUCCGUGAAGUACCGGCCGCAGGAUGGGGCUGAUCCAGCCUAUGACCAGAAAACCCGUCAGAUUAACAUGGUGAAGUCCCAGCUUGAACAGGAGCUUCAGCGGGUCAAGGCAACCUACCCCAAGGUGCAGUUCUCCUUCGUGCAUCGGCUGCCGGGUUAUCGAUAUGAAGUGGAGUGCGAUGAGCAUGCGCUGUCGGCUGCUACGCUGCGGGGCCUUGACAUUACCACGCGUGUCAAGGGAAAGGUUCGCUUCCACACUCCUCAAAUCAAGGAGCUCCUCGCGCAGCUUGAGCAGCUUGAGGACGAGCAUGAAGAUUGUAUCUUUCCCUUCCUGUCCAAGCUCUUUCGCGAGUUCCAUGCUCAUCAUGCGCCUUUCCGAGCACUGGUGCGGUGCGUCGCGGAGGUCGAUGCCUUGCUGUCCUUAGCGGCAGCAUCAAGAAGCUUGCCAGGCGCUUCGUGCAGACCGGAGUUUGUGGCUUCAGAUGCCUCCAAGGCUGCUAGCAUCGAGCUGCGAGCCUGCAGACACCCUGUGGUUGCUGCAAAGAUGGGCAGUGCCUUCGUUCCCAACGACACCUUGCUGAAUGCCUGCGGGGUGCCUGGGCUCCUGAUCGUGACUGGCCCGAACAUGGGUGGCAAGUCCACGGUCCUUCGCCAGACCUGUGUUGCCAUCGUCAUGGCUCAGGUGGGUUGCCGGGUGAAUGCACAGAAGUGUAGGCUCAGCCCCGUGGACCGGAUAUUCACCCGCAUCGGUGCCUACGACGCAGUAUUGGAGGGCAAGAGCACGCCUCUUGGCUGCAGCUGGCGCAAGAUGGGAGGACUUCCGACGGAUAUCUGGGAGACCGCUGCCCUCCUGACACAUGGCACACCACGAUCCCUGGCCGUUCUGGACGAGCUGGGGCGUGGAACUUCAACUUUUGAUGGGGCUGCCAUUGCAUCGGCCGUCCUGGACGAGCUGAAGUCCCACGUGCGAUGCCCGGUGCUCUUUGCUACCCACUACCAUCCAGUUUCGAAGAAGGCGGCUGAAGACACCACAUAUGUAGCGCCGUACCACAUGGCGGCAGCCGUUAACCAGAACACUCAUGAGAUGACAUUUCUCUACAAGUUCCUGCCUGGCUUGUGCCCAUCCUCGCACGGGCACAACGUUGCCAAGAUCGCGGGCUUGCCCGAGAAGGCGCCGAGUCUGCACCCCUUGGUGCUUUAG